AUUAAAGGAUUAUUAUGGCCCUACAAAAAGUCGGCAACUGUACAACUCUUUCUUCAAAACAGUAAAUCUCUGUCAACGGAAUGGCUGAAAUAUGUAACCGAAAAUUUAGGAUUUAGGAACAAGAUUUAUGUUACGGGCACCUCAAAUGGCAGGGAUAUUUACCACAAGGAAUACAGCGACGUUUUAAGAAGCCUCAACGGCAGCGACGACACUGUCAUCUAUCCUCUUUCAGCUCUAAUUAACACUCAGCUAUCUCAUCUUAACAACGAUCUGGCUUACCCAUGGGAAGAGCAGGGUCAUGAGCUGGACGAACUAUAUCGAAAAAGCCAACUUUUACGAGAUGAGGAUGGUUGUGCCGAUGGCUGCCAAACAACCAGCUGGACACCCCAUGUGGUUGCAGGAACUAAAAUCAUAGUCAGAGCGUUACAAGACAACUUGGAGAACAACCCUGAGUCUUCAAACUGCUCAUCGGUGACAGAAUUUCGUAGGCGGAUCUUCGAAACGAUCGUCAACGAAACAAGAGAGGUUGAAGUGGAACUGGAUAAAAAUGUCACUCUGAAAGUUAGCUUUAAAGGAAGGACAAUAUCGUCGCCCACUAAACUAGGAAUCUACAGGAGCAAGACAAACGAUUACCAUAUUCUUGGGGAGGUAUCUCCAGAGUUGUUAAAGGUAACCAAUUAUCCUCUUUUCCAAAAUAUCUCGCAUUAUGAGAAGAGAUGUUCAGUGGACUGUCUUCCAGGAACUUACAGCUUCUACAAGACCGUGGCCGAUCUUACCAUUCUCCCUUGCUGCUGGGAAUGUAAAAGAUGUUCACCCAAUCAAUUUUCCAACCAAACUAAUCAACACAGAUGCCACAAAUGUGAAGCAACGAAACAACAAAUGAAGAUAGAGCUGGGUGUCGGGAUGUGAAAGUUAUCUACAUAAAACCAACCUCUGGUAUUUUUAUGGGUGGACUAACGCUCGCAAUAAUUGGGAUAGUCUU